GGUAACUCAUUUUGACUGAUAAAACCUCGACAACCUCCAACUACCCGAAGCACCUACCCAGCCUAUAAUCGACCUAGGUUUCUCUGUAUUGAACAGCUCAUUGUGUGAUGGCUCCAACUAUUCUCAUUGCCGGCGCCACUGGCAACACUGGCAGAAGCGUUGUCGAAACGCUGCCGCAUCUACUGAGUGGCACGCUGUCUGGUUAUCGAAUCAUUGCCCUAACACGCUCCCUGAAGAGCGAAGCAGCCCAGCAGCUCGCUAAGAUCCCGGGUGUUGAAGUCUUGGAACAGAACUGGGUGGAAAUCACCGCCGACUGGCUGCGAAAGCACGAGGUCGUCCGAGCCUUCAUCGCCUCGCACAACCAACCGAAUCAAUUCGCCGAGGAGUCAACGUUCCAUCUCAAUGCCUUGAGGGCUGGUGUUAAAUACGUGGUGCGAAUUUCUACUACCGCGGCUAAUGUGCGACCGGACUGUGACGCCUACUAUCCUCGAAACCACUGGGCCAUCGAAGCUAUGUUGGACUCACCUGAGUUCGAGGCUUUACAGUGGACUUCAUUGCAGCCCAACAUUUUUACUCAAAUGGUAUUGUACCCGGCAGCGGUAUUUAUCAAACAGCACCGAAAAACUGGAGGGCAACAUACGCUCAGUCUCAUCCCAGCCGAGACUGUUCCUAUUGCUAUCAUCGAUCCAUAUGACAUUGGCAUCGUAGCAGCUCACCUCUUGAGCCAGGAAGAUCCGACUGCGCAUAGCAAAGCUAGAUACGUUCUCAAUGGCCCGGAGGAUAUUACCGGGCGCGACAUCGUAGACAUGAUCGAGCAACACAUAGGCACCGAAGUCAAGGACGUUCAGUUCAAGGACAUGUCUUUUGUCGACCAGAUGGCCGCGGCGAGUCAGGAAUCCAAGAACGUCAUUCUGUCUAUCAAGUCGGCAGCGAACAGUGCAUGGGAGGGCAAGUGUACGGCUUCCACAACAAGUAAGGAAAUCAUCGAGCUUGCUGCACCAAAGCGGACGCCUACUCAGGUGUUGGCGGAUUUGUUGGAGGAAUAACUAAAGUAGAAAGAUAAACUCACUGUUGGGAUAUCUACAAGACAUAUAUCUCAAUAAAUA